AUGAAGCUCCUCGGUUUCCUGCUCGUUAUAUUGGUCUCUAUUCUGGCCUGUUACGCCGCUGUUGUCGAUAUCGCUACUGAGAACACUCGCUCUGAAUCUUCUCAACUCGCUAAAUGCAGAACCUCAAGGGACUGUGUCAACUUCUUCAAAGUCUGCAAAAAUGGCACCUGUCAAUAUCGGGGCCAUCAAACUCGCGAUGAGCCUGAGCCUGAAGCUGAGCCUGAAGCCCCUUCUGAAUCCGGUGAGAUCAAGAACCGUAAAUGCCGUUUUGAUUCAGAUUACGUUCGUAACCGGAAAUGUAUCAAUGGAUUCUGUUACAAGAGGCGUCAUCACCCUCCUGCAAACUUGCAGGCUCAUGAUGAGACCGAACCUAACUCCGAUUUUGAGACGGUUGAGAACCCACCGAUGAGCAGAUGUUUUUCAAAUUUUCCAAACGAUGAUAUUGCUGCAAGUCUUGAGACCCAUGAUGAGACUAACCAUGACUCAGGUCCUGAACCUCUUGAGAACGAGCUGAAGGCCGAUAAGCUUGAUGUCAACCUGGCUUGUCAGAAAGAUGCUGAUUGUGGCAACGGUGUCUGUCUUGAGAAUGUUUGCGUCGAUGCGGAGGCGAAUGACAAUGAAGAUCCGGAUGACGACGAAGAGAUGCAUAUCCAAACCAAGGAGCUGUGCAGCAGUGACAAGGACUGCCCCAAGGAUACGACCUGCAUCUUGCGCAACUGUAGACGCGUUAUCAGGUUCCUUACUCCCGGAACGGCUGUUUCUAAAGCCAGGAAGACCUGCAAAAGCGACAACGAUUGCCCCAAGGAUAAGAGGUGCACGUGGGGCGCUUGUAGAACCCCUAUUAAGCUUCCUCAUUCCACGCGUGACGACGAGAGCAUCAACGAUAACCCCGAUACAGAAGUUAACGUCGAUGCUACUGACCUCGACGUUGAGACUGACUCUGAGCUUCUCGCUAAGCGUGAAGUUGCUGACUUGGAGACUGGCGCCGACGAUGUUGACGACAUUGACGACGCUGAUGACAUUGAUGACCCUGAAGCCCGCCUUUUUACCCGAGCCAAAAGGUGCAAAACAUUCAAGGACUGCGAUGCCGGCUAUGCCUGCAAGAACAAGCGAUGUGAGCGCCGUGAUUGUGCCACCCGUCCUACAUGCGCCUCUGGACGCUGCCUGAACGGCAAAUGCGUGAGAAGUUUGGACCUUGAGACCGAGACCGACGACGAUGACGAGUCUGAUACUGGCAUUCUCGAACGAUCCAAGUACCCCCCUUAUUGCAAAUCCAAGAACGACUGCCCUCCUAACAACCGAUGCUAUGGAGGCAUCUGCAAGUACCGCCCUCCUCACCUUUCGAAGCGCGACACUAUCGCUGGGCUCGGAAUUGAGAUUGUUGCUUCUAAGCCUCCUCCCCGUUGCCAAUCCAACAACGAUUGCCCCAAGUCGCAGCGGUGCUACGGUGGUAUCUGCAAGUACCGUCCACCCCACAAUCCUCCCAAGCGUGAUGAAGAUACCACGAUCCUUGAGCGCGAUGUUUUGGCUCUUGCCAGCAAAUAUCCCCCCCGCUGCAAGUCCAAGGAUGAUUGUCCUCCCCGAUACCGGUGCUAUGGAGGCAUCUGCAAGUAUCGUGGUCUCAACGCUUUGAAGCGAGACGACGAGGACAUCAGUGAGCGUCAGGUUGUCGGUAAGCCGCUUGCCCGUUGCCGAUCGAACAAGGACUGCGCUCGCCAUCUGAAAUGUUAUGGCGGUACCUGCUAGUCUCGCGGACUCCCUGGCAAGCGCGAUGAGUCUGAGCACCCUCAAAGUGACGAAGACUACGACAUUGAAGACGAUGAGCGUGAAGUCGAAGAAUGAUG